AGCCGUGGUACUUCAGUUCUUUGGUCCACCCUGGCAUCGAGUUUUGCAACAUUUUGCAACAGGCGCAGCCAUGCAGAUGUUUCGUGGUCUUUCUGUACGAGCGCGACGCUUUUCUACCCGACCACGAUUGCCGCCAUGUUGUCCCGCUACCGGGAUGAGACCAGACCAGAAAGAGCUUUAUGACCGCGUCCUCGAAGACCGUGGGAAGACGGGAGCCAAAGGCGGCUUCGCGGUGAGCAACGCCGAUGGCUCCCUGGUGGGGCCCUGGAAUGCCAUGGUCAUCUCUCCGGCCAUCGGCGGCCUGGCGGAGCGGAUGGGCAGCUUCUGCCGCAAUCGCAACAGCUGCGCCGCGGAUUUGUUCGAGAUUGGCAUCCUGGUGGUGGGUGUUGAAUGGCUCUCUCAAUUCGAGUGGUAUGCGCACGAGAAGCUGGCUCUGAAAGCAGGCGUGAGUCCAGAGGCGAUCCAGAGCAUCAAAGAUCGGACAGCGCCGGAGAGUGCCCUGGGAAUGAGUUGGCCGCAGCGAGCCGUUUAUAAAUACGCCCGGGAGCUCCACGACGUCAAGCGAGUCUCAGACCAGACGCACGCGGAUGCGCUGUCCGCCGUCGGGGGGGAGCAAGCAUUGAUCGACCUUGUGUUCACCAUGGGCUUCUAUCAUCAAAUCUCGAUGACUCUGAACGCCUUUAAUGUGCCACUUCCUGAAGGGGAAGCUCCACCUUUUAGGGAGCCACUCGAGUAGUUGCCUGCCGCAAGGCAUGCAGUGUACAUAGUCGCUGCUCAGCGCGAGAGGUAUCUUUUUCCAAUUUGCCACUUCCCUCCUAGCCAAGCAACCCUCCUCUGUUUUUCUGGGUUCCAGGAAAAAGCUGCAGUAGAGUGCCAGAGGC